CCGGCCGGUGAGGCGCCGCUGGGGGAGGCCGCGACGGAGCGCCUGGACCCGCCAUGGGCUGAGACACGUCCUUACCGAGCAGAACAUGCCCGGGUGACUCCCUCCCGGAUCUUCCUGGUGGCCUUCCUCGCUCUCUCCAGUGACAGACACUAUGCAACCCCAGCGUGACCUGCGAGGCCUCUGGCUCCUGCUGCUGUCCUGGUUCCUGCUCCUCUUAGAGGUGGCCAGAGCUGGCCGCCCCGCGGUUAGCUGUCCUGCUGCCUGCCUGUGCGCCAGCAACAUCCUCAGCUGCUCCAAGCAGCAGCUGCCCAACGUGCCCCACGCCUUGCCCAGCUACACCGCGCUGCUGGACCUCAGCCACAAUAACCUGAGCCGCCUGCGGGCCGAGUGGACCCCCACGCGCCUGCCCCACCUGCACUCCCUGCUGCUGAGCCACAACCACCUGAACUUCAUCUCCUCUGAGGCCUUUUCCCCAGUACCCAACCUGCGCUACCUGGACCUCUCCUCCAACCAGCUGCGGACAUUGGACGAGUCCCUGUUCAGCGGGCUACAGGCACUGGAGGUGCUGCUGCUUUACAAUAACCAUAUCAUGGCAGUGGACCGCUCAGCCUUCGAGGACAUGGCCCAGCUGCAGAAACUCUACCUGAGCCAGAACCAGAUCUCCCGCUUCCCUCUGGAACUGCUCAGGCUCCCCAAACUGACGCUCCUGGACCUCUCCUCCAACAUGCUGAAGACCUUGCCGUUGCCUGACCUGCAGAAGCUGCACGCGUGGGUCAAGAAUGGGCUGUACCUCCAUAACAACCCCCUGCACUGCAACUGCGAGCUCUACCAGCUCUUUUCACACUGGCAGUACCGGCAGCUGAGCUCCGUCGUGGACUUUCGGGAGGACCUGUACUGCAUGAGCGCCAAGAAGCUGCACAACGUCUUCAACCUCAACUGCAGCGAGUACAAGGAGCGUGCCUGGGAGGCCCACCUGGGUGACACCUUGACCAUCCAUUGUGACACCAGGCAGCAGGGGAUGACUAAAGUGUGGGUGACACCAAGUAAUGAACGGGUGCUAGACGUGGUGGCCAACAGCACGGUGACAGUGUUCGAGAAUGGCAGCCUUCAUUUCCAGGGCGUGCAGGUCGAGGAUGGAGGUGUGUAUACUUGCUACGCCAUGGGGGAGGCUUUCAACGAGACGCUGUCUGUGGAGUUGAAAGUGUACAAUUUCACCUUGCACGGACACCACGACACCCUCAACACAGCCUAUACCACCCUGGUGGGCUGUAUCCUCAGUGUGGUCCUGGUCCUCAUAUAUCUGUACCUCACCCCUUGUCGCUGCUGGUGUCGGGGUGUCGAGAAGCCCUCCAGUCACCAAGGAGACAGCCUCAGCUCUUCUAUGCUUAGUACCACACCCAACCACGAUCCUAUGGCUGGUGGGGACAAGGAUGAUGGUUUUGACCGGCGGGUGGCCUUCCUGGAACCUGCUGGACCUGGGCAGGGUCAAAACGGCAAGCUCAAGCCAGGCAACACCCUGCCGGUGCCUGAGGCAGCAGGCAAGGGCCAGCGGAGAAUGUCAGAUCCGGAGUCGGUCAGCUCGGUCUUCUCUGAUACGCCCAUUGUGGUGUGAGCAGGAUGGGUUAGUGGGGAGGUUCUGCCCCAGGAGAGGUAAUGUACCCCUGAAGGAUUUGAGGGGAAGGAAGAGAGGGCUGGCUGCCCGAGGGAGUGGGUUCCCCCUGACCUCAAGGGAGUUGGUCAUGGGUACAACAGCAGGCAAGACCCCAACCAGGGUGUGGCUGCCACGAUUUUCAAAUAUGGAUAUAGUAAUCCUCAGGCAAAUGCUUCACCCCUACCCAAAGCCCUGGCAUUUGUCAACUUGUAGAGGAAGAGGGGCGUGUCCAAGUUGGGUGGGAAGGAGGAAGGGGUGGGAGGAAGAGCAGAGUCCCUAAACUUUUUUGAGGUCAUCCCUAGCUCCUCAAGAGAAAAUCGUUUGGGAGAAAAAAUCAUUUUUUUUUUCUCUCUGCCCACCCACACCUGUGAAUUUGGGUGUGUUGGGGGAGCUUCCACAGGAGCCACAUUGGGGAAAAGCUGCACUAUCUUCUUUGGCCAGGAAAUCACACUUCACAGCUGGGGAAAUUGGAAACCUUUGGGAUAACGAGUCAGGAAAAGGCUGAGACCUCAAUCAAUAACACUCCCCAAAGCUGCUGUGAGACUUCCCACUAAUGCCUUCCUUUUUCCCCGAUGAGCCCUGGGUAGAUGGAUCUUUCCAGGAGCCUGGCCCGUUGCCUGUCAGAUACGGCAGCAACGUGAGAUGUGGUGUCUGUGCCUUGCCCUGGGACCGGUGGCACAGAAGGGUACAGCAUGAACUGAGGGGUCUGUGUCACCCACGGCAUAGGUGCCAGCACAAAACUUGUAGAUGGGGGAUAAACUCCAGAUUGGCUAAUUUCGUUGGUGAAACCCUUGGCUAGCACUUGGUUCCAGCGCCUGUAUGUCAGACCAGGGUGGGGACGGCCGAAGGCAGAGCUUUUAUGGAUGCCUGCCACAGAUGUGAGGCCACUUCACACUAGGAGGGUAAAUCAGCCUCUCUCAUGUAGCAUCCAGCUGGACCUGGCUUUCUGUGUACGCCAUCUCUUCAUUCAGGCUCCUUAUCAAGCUCAGGUGGGAUUCUGAGUUUUCCCUAAUAUGCUGCUCUGCAGAGGGCGGAGUCCUGGAAAGUCUGGCCCCAGCUAGGUUCGACUGGGUUUGGGAAUAGAGGGGACCGUGUAUCUCCUCGGUGUUGGCAGACCUGCCUUGCUCCUCUCCGGGAUCAAACCCGUGCUGCAAAGCCAAACUGUGCGAUUCCAUCAGCCUAGGGGUCGGAAUUGGGUGGUCUGUGCCCUAGAAUGGCAGUUGGGAGUGUGGCUCAGAGUUCUGCCUCUCCACACGCUUCCGGGCAGUCUCGUAACAGAGACAGUCAGUGGCACUAAACUUUCAGAAGGGGAGCUCUGCCACCCCCGCCCCUUUGAGCCAGAGGUCUGUGCAGUUGUGGUCCUUAGGCCAGAGGAACUUAAGAAGAACCGGCCCAAUGUUCCAUUCCAUUCAAGGUUACAGAAUACUUUGGGUAGGGAGAUGGCUGCUCCCUUUAACUUCUCCGUUUGACUAGACUGCAGGCCUCGGGAGAUGGCUGCUCUGCGCUUUGGCAAGGGGACAAGCAGGGUGGAGGUGAAGAUGUUCUCAUGUUGGUCUUUUUCAGUCCUCCCCUCUCUCGUCAAGUUCCCUGUCCAGUGGAAGUUCUCCAGAUCUUCUGGUGUUCUGAACUGCUCCUUAGGUUCCAAGAGGUGUCAUUUACCUGCGGGUGAGGGCUGCUUGCUAGGAGAGCCUGACUCCUGCUGCCUGUUAAGAUUGGGAAGGGGACUGGAACUUAACAUCUUCCCCUUGUCUGCGCCUGGGAGGUCAAGGCUGCUGUCCAUCCUUUAUUAGUAACUAGUCUUGUCGAGAGGUGCAGCAUUUCCCUCAAGUAGUUGCAUGCUCGUAGGUACGCAUGCUCAUAGGUAUGCAUGCACGCCAGCACCUUGACUUCCAUCAGGACAAUGAUUGUUGAGUCCCCACUAAUGUUCAUUUUCAGAAUGGUCUCCAACUGUGCGCACAACUUCAUGCACACAGUUUUCCUGCCCUAUAGAAGAGACAGUGAUCAUGCCAGGCUCCCCAAAGACAAAGUCUUAUGCUUCUAAUUUCUGAACUUUCUGAAGCUUCACCCACAUCUCCAUGGCGCUGAAUAACUUCUCUGCAAAGCCCGGAGUUAGGAGAACCACAGGCUGAGGACCCUGGGAGAAGGGGUGAUGGGGAGCUAGCCGGUUCUUCAGACUCCUCAGUGACCUUCCUUGGAUUAAAGACAAUAUAUAUGAGAAAUAAAUGUGCAGCUAGGUCAGUGAAGGACCCAGCAGGAAACUGGCAGGGGCCAAGCAGCUGUACGUUGCUCUUCCUCUGUGAACUGCCCUGCUCAGACGGGCCGGAGGGGAAAGUUGUCUGGGUAAAUUCCAGAGACUUCUAAAGGUUUUGUUCCUGGAGAUGUAGGAACCAGGACUGCCUCCUCAGACUUCCCAAGGAGUCUGGGAAAAUCUCGUCACCCUGCUGCGGUAGCCCCAUGAGGGCUCUGAAAAUCUUCACAGCGGAUGCCCAGUGGGGCAUUCUAGCCGAGUUCCUGAGGACUGGGAGGGCCGUUUUCUUCAGAAGUCCUACCCAAGUUAGGGAAGAAUGGGCUGAGGCUCAGUAAGUCUCCCUACUAUUUCCACUAGUUUGGCCCUAGUUUGAGAGACUGGUGGCUGUGCCUGGCUGCCCCCGACCAGGACCCUGGAGUGUUUAGCCUCUUCUGUGGUUUCAGCUGAUAGAACCCGAAGGUCGCUUUCUACUUGGCGGGACUGAGUCCUCAGCGUAUGUAGGCUCACUAGGACCCAGUGUGGGAAACUGCCAGGUCUCGUUAUGAGAAACGGCUGAGAGAUCAUCCCCUCCCUUCCCCCCACCCACACC